AAUAUGGGCGCCUCUAAUACUAAAAUCCAAUCAAGCUUUUGAUGUGCAGUAGAGAGAAGAGAUUGUAAAAAUGAAAAAGAAUCUUCAAAUAAAACAAAGCUCAAAUGAGUGGAAGAUCACCAGAUCGUGGACACCACUUCUAAAGCCAAAUUACCUGAGCAAGAAAAGGUGCAAAAUAAACAAUCCUCAAAAGAGUAUAAGAAGAGACUCAUGAGAGUGAAACCUAAAAGCCAGAAAAUUUGGAUAAAAAUGGAAAAUAAAAACAAAACUUCAAAGAAAUCUCAGAACAAAGAUCUCAAAAGAAAGUCAAUAACAGGCUGGGAUAAGCUUAUGGAUCGUACAGAGCUGAUCAAAUUCAGCCCAAAGAUCAGUCCUGCUGAAAUCAGAGAAGCUCGACUGUCAAGCACCUCAGCUUCUAAGUCAAGCCUUCACAAGACCACUUCCUCUACCUCAAAACCCUCUCCAUUCUCCAAAGACCCCAACUCAAACUUCUUCAACGCCUCAAGCAAGUAUUCUUCCCCUUCCAAAAGUUCCAAACACAAAAACACCCACCUCAAGAUCGACAGCUGCUACCUUUCCAAGAUCCCAACAAAAAACAAUAUUCCAAAGAAACUCUCCCAGUCAAAAAAGACACUUUAG